UUCUUCAACAACUGCAGCCACAUCGGUAGCUCGCUAGACAACAAAGUCGGAACAUUCACGUUCUUUAGGACAAUUUAGUGGUUGAUUUGCCACUAUGAUUUAAACAUACUUAUGUGGAAACAAGUAGCUACCCCAUUUAAUUUAAUAUUUACGUUGUAAGUCAACUAGCUGGCUGGUUAAGUUAGCACUAGCCUAGUCGCUAAUGCUAACUAGCUAUUAUCUCCGACCAUGAGUUCACUAAGCUACUCUCCUCCUGCUGAAGAAGAUAUGGCCUGCUGGACGGAGAAGGAAGCUCUCGUCAAAGAGGAGGCGGAAGAGAAAGAUGUUACAAUACAAAAACAAGUAGAGGGUGAGGCUGUUACCGUGAAAGAAGAGGAAGACGCCUUCAGAGUGAAAGAGGAGGAUGAUGUUACUGUAAAAGAAAAGGAGGAAGAUACAGUUUUUAGAGUGGAGGAUGAAGUGAAAGAAGAUGAAGACGUUUUUGGAAUGAAGGAUGAAGAGGGAGAGAUUACUGUCACAUUAGAGGAGGACGAAGAAGAGAAGACUGGAGAACUGAUUAACACCAGUAAAUACCGAGAGAUACGGGACAAUCGUGGAUCCUUUGUGGAGCCUCAACAUGAUGCUAACGAGGCAGAGAAAAGUCUCUCCGCAUCAGAACAACUCAAGAAACACCAGCAGAGACCCACCGGGAAGAAAUCUCACUGCUGCUCUGACUGUGGGAAAAUAUUAAACUCUUCAGUAAAACUUAAAAUACAUCAAAGAAUUCACACUGGAGAGAAACCAUUUGGCUGUACUCAAUGUGGGAAGAGUUUUUUUCGGCUACAAACCCUGAAAUCACACCAGAGAAUACACACUGGGGAGAAACCUUACAGCUGUGAUCAAUGUGGGAAGAGUUUUACUCAGCUUAACAGCCUGAUUGUACACCAGCGGACACACACAGGAGAAAAAUCUUAUAGCUGUAGUCAAUGUGGUAAGAGUUUUUCUACAUCUAGCUAUCUAACUAUACACCAGAGAACACACACAGGAGAGAAACCAUAUAGCUGUAAUCAAUGUAGGAAGAGUUUUACUCAGCUAAACAGCCUGAUAGUACACAAGCGGACACACACAGGAGAAAAACCUUUUGGCUGUGAUCAAUGUGGAAAGAGUUUUGGUACAUCUGGCUGCCUGAAUACACACCAGAGAACACACACAGGAGAGAAACCGUAUACCUGUGAUCAAUGUGGGAAGAGUUUUGGUACAUCUGGCUCCCUGAAUACACACCGGAGAACACACACAGGAGAGAAAUCGUAUAGCUGUAUUCAGUGUGGGAAGAGUUUUACUCAGCUAAACAGCCUGAUAGUACACCAGCGGACACACACAGGAGAGAAACCUUAUAGCUGUGAACAAUGUGGGAAGGGUUUUACUACAUCUAGCCAGCUGACUUUACACCAGAGAAUACAUACAGGAGAGAAACCUUAUAGCUGUGAACAAUGUGGGAAGAGUUUUACUACAUCUAGCCAGCUAACUAUACACCAGAGAACACACACAGGACAUACUCUUUAUAGCUGUACUCAAUGUGGGAAGAGUUUUUCUACAUCUAGUUAUCUAACUAUACACCAGAGAACACACACAGGAGAGAAACCAUUUAGCUGUAAUCAAUGUGGGAGGAAUUUUACUUGGCUCAACAGCCUGGUAUCACACCAGAGAACACACACAGGAGAAAAACCUCAUAGCUGUAAUCAAUGUGGGAAGAGAUACUCUGAUAAGAGAUCUCUGACUAAACAUCAGAAAAUACAUGUUGUUGUUUCAUGAUAUCAAUUAAAUGAUGUCACAAUGUAGAAUGUUUUAACAUUGUAGAAGCAGUAUUUUAAUGAAUGUCAGAAUAUAGAACCGUUAACAUUUGCCCCCUGGGUUCAAUGAUUUUAGCCUCCGGGGAAAAAUUCAAGCUCUGAAUUGAAAGAGUACUAAAUAUGAGAUUUGACAAAAAGUGACUAACAAAGAAAGAGUUGUGUUACACUUACCACGUUGGUGACCCACUUGAACCAAAAUGCAACACUUCAAAAUGUUGCUAGCUGUUUUCUACAAAUUGUCCUCUAACCAGUGAUGUACACAUUACUUCCAGAUUCCGUGUGGGUUCUGAGCUGUUAGUUUUAACAGGAUGUGCAACCUCACCUCCCUCCUGUCAAACAAUUGAUUUCAACAUGAUAUCGAUGAGUGAUGACAAAUAAGUGUUGUGUUCCUUUGUUUAGCGACCCCUACAUUUAAAUGCAUCACUCCAAAAUGUAGCUGACAGUCUUCUGCAAGUUGUCCUCUAAUCAGUGAGGUAAAAUAUAUUUCCCAUUUCCAUAUGUUUUUUUUAGUUGUGUUAGUUUCAACAUCACGUACAACCUGAUUCCCCCCUAAUCGAUAUCAGUGAUUUAUUGCUACUUGUCACAACAACAGCGUUUUUGGUGUUUGUGCAGUUUAUAAGGAGCUUGUUUAACAAUAUUUAAUUAUAAGCUGAUUGUUUAAAAAAAAAUACAAGUAAUGUAUUAUUGCAGAUGUUUGUGUAUAUAGCACAUUUUAUGUCUAGGAUUUCAAUUAAUAACAAACUUCUUCUGCAUGUUAUUGAUUUGGACACGUUAAAACUGUGACAUUGGGGAUAUCCUACCCAGCAAAAUGUCACUGAAAAUAAGACUAUGCCCAAUAUAAGUUUGGUUUUGGUUGAAAGUUUAAAAGAAAUGUUUUUUAUUUCAACAUACUUGCUGCCUAUACACAUGGACGCAGUAUAAUAAAUUGGUGUAUAAUCAAUUUUAUUAACAAUCCUAAUAAAUUGAGUCAUAAAUGUAGGAUAUAUUUGUUGUCCUAAGGGGAAGGUGUUACAGGCUUUGGUUUUUCCAUUUAUGUUGAGGUUGGACUUUAGCACGUAUAGCUCGUUAGCACGUAGGACGCACUGAUUGGUGUCACCUCGUUAGUCAGUAUGUGUUACACCUGUGCUGGCUUGUCUAUCUCGUUAGUGGGAAGGUGUUUCACCUGUGCUGGUCCAGGUUCUAUUUAAGAGUUUCUGGCCCAGUGCUCCAGUUGUCUUGAUAGAUGUGGAGAGUCAACAUCUUUAGUCGCUCCACCUUUUUGGUUAUUUGCUUCCUGUUUAUAAGUUUGAGGUGGUGGGACGGGUGCGCCAUCGUCCGUGAGGAGAUGGCGCAAAGUACAUCUGGACCGUCGGUUCCGGGGAUUGGACUGGCCAACACGGUGCGCUUUUCUUGGCGGGGAAAAGAGAUGGAGCCUUGGGGGAGAGAAACCUUCGGGAGGAACAUCCUAAUGGGGCACCUAAAAUUGAAGGUUAAAGAUGUUCUAUGCCUUCAGGGGAACCCAAUGGAGAAGGGGUUUGAUGUAACCCUAUAUUUGGAAGAAAAACACAAUGAGAUUAUGAAGACGGUGACGGAAGGGAAAGAAGAAGGUCCCCUGUGUCAUUAAACGGUGACCAGCCUGGCAAGAAACAACUUCAGGGUGGUCACCGUAACCAUGUACAAUCCGCACGUGAAGGACGAAGAAGUGAGGGUCUUUCUGGGGAGGUACAUGGACAAUGUCUCCUCAGCGAGGUACCUCAGGGACUCCCUGGGUUUCUGGAAUGGGAAGAGAGGCUUCCAGGCGUUACUCAGGGAGUCCCCGAAGAGUGUGGA